UUGCUGUCAAACCUGCAUUGGCUUUCAACUUGUGGCUACGAAGUAAUGUUUGAGGGCAACAGAGUUGACAAACACUCAUUUAUUGUGUCUUAGCAAAGUUCUGGAAUCAAACCUCAAGGUCCCCCCACUCCUUCAAAAUCCUUUCUUUUAUCCCACACUCUAAUCAUAGUCCUUCCCCAUCAUCAUCAUCAUCAUCAUCGUCGUCAUCAACCACCACCUCCACCCUCUUUCACAAACAACAUAACAUUCACUCGAAAACAAAACUAUCAUACCCACAUGGAUUUGCAAUGAAAGUGGGAGAAUCUAGCUAUGCGAACGCUUUGUGAUGCUUGUGAGAGUGCGGCGGCUAUAGUUUUCUGCGCCGCUGACGAGGCUGCACUUUGUCGUGCCUGCGAUGAGAAGGUUCACAUGUGCAAUAAGCUAGCGAGUAGACAUGUGAGAGUUGGUCUUGCAAGUCCAAGUGAUGUGCCACGGUGUGACAUAUGUGAGAAUGCACCUGCUUUCUUCUAUUGUGAGACAGAUGGAAGUUCCCUUUGUUUGCAGUGUGAUAUGAUAGUUCAUGUUGGAGGUAAAAGAACGCAUGGAAGAUAUCUUCUGUUCAGGCAGAGAGUUGAGUUUCCAGGAGACAAAUCUAGUCAUGCUGAAAAUCCAGGUUCACAGGCAUUAGAACCUGGUGAGAGUAAAAGAGGACAAAAUCCACUUCCCAAGCUAAGAAUGGGAGAGAAGCAGCAGAAUCAUGUGAUGCCUCUGCUUCCAACACCAGGAUCUGAUGCUGAUGGGCAUACCAAGAUGGAAACUAAAAUGAUUGAUUUGAACAUGAAGCCUAAUAAUAGAUUACAUGAACAAGCAUCAAAUAAUCAGGUAUUCGAUAAACUGUCACAAGACUUAUACCAAGUGUGGUUGAAGAGUUGAUCUGAACCAUAAAUGGUGCAACUAGGCAAUGCAGUUCUUGCAGGAUCCUACACCAAAAAUCUAGCACUGGCAAAAGCUUCUCAUGCAUGCUAAUCACAAGGAUGACAAAGAUAUUCUGUUAACAUCCUAUUCUGGCAAAUGAGGCACACAAAUCUUUUGAGGAGUUUACUCGUCUAUGUAGGAACUUAAUUUGGUAGUUCAACACAACAUAUCUGUAUUGCAAAGCAUUGUUGAUUGUAUAUCUAUGAUCGCUUCCAAUGAAUUGCGUGUUGCUGAAUUUUGGUUUUGGGUUUCGGUUUGUAUGCUACUACGUUCCCCCCACAAAAUUCAACGGGGAAGAUUUUUUCUUUUUUUCCAAAUAAAAUGAGACAUAUAAUUAUAAAUCA